ACACAUUCGCUAGUAAAGUGGCAGCCAUCCAGGAUCAGUACGCUGACGCCUCCAUCGGCAAUGUGACGGGCAGCAAUGCUGUCAACGUCUUUCUGGGCAUUGGAGUGGCCUGGUCCAUUGCUGCCAUAUUUCACCAGUCACAAGGCCAGUACUUCCGCGUGGACCCCGGCACGCUGGCGUUCUCUGUCACCCUGUUCACCAUCUUUGCCUUCAUCUGUAUCGCCGUCCUCAUGUACCGCCGUCGGCCCGAGAUCGGAGGGGAACUGGGUGGCCCGCAGACUCCCAAAAUCCUCACCACAACAUUGUUUUUCAGUCUCUGGCUGAUGUACAUCAUCUUCUCCUCCAUGGAAGCCUAUUGCAUCAUCCCGGGUUUCUAAAUAAGGCAGGAGAUGAUGCCACAAACAGGAUGCCGUCGUUAAAAUCCUCAUAAAUAG